UCUUUCUCUUUCUCUCUCUCUCUCUCUCUCUCUCUCUCUCUCUCUCUCCUCCAUGCGAUUAGUCUUUCUUUCCCACAAGUAUGGAGCUUUUCUCCCCCAAGCUUGAACUGAAACCAAUAUACUGCUCGCCCAUUUCUUCAAAAAUCCCAAAACUUGCUUCACCAACACCUCGCCCUCUAACUCUAAGCUUGAGAUCAAAAUGGAGGAUACAAGUGCCCUGCUCUUGUUACAGGCCGGAAGUCACUGCUACAAAAUCCGAACCGCCCAAGUUUUGUAGCAAGGAAUGCCUUGCAUCAAUUGGAAAAGGCUUUCUUGGAGUUGCUGCCGCAGCCGCUGCUUUGUUAUCUGUCUGGUGUGACUCGCCGGCUCUCGCAGAGUCUCUCACGGUUGCUUUUCCUGUUUCUCGUGCUAGCGAGGUGAAUACAGUUCAGAGAACCCUUGUGGAAGCCUGGGGUUUGAUUAGAGAAACAUUCAUUGACCCAACGUUUAAUCAUCAAGAUUGGGAUCUAAAGUUGCAGCAGACAAUGGUGGAAAUGUUUCCCCUUAAUUCAGCUGAUGCAGCUUACACAAAAAUCAGUGGAAUGCUCUCAACUCUUGGAGAUCCCUUUACUCGGAUUAUCAGUCCUAAGGACUAUCAAAGUUUUAGAAUUGGAAGUGAUGGGAAUUUGCAGGGAGUAGGCCUCUUCAUAAAUAUUGAACCAAGAACAGGCCAUUUGGUUGUUUUGUCUUGUGUAGAGGGAAGCCCAGCUGCUCGUGCUGGUAUUCACGAAGGAGAUGAGUUGGUAGAGAUUAAUGGGGAGAGACUUGAUGGUGUUGACGGUGAAGCAGCAGCUCAGAAGCUUAGAGGUCGUGCUGGAACAACUGUUACAGUGAAAGUUCACAGUGGAAUAGAUUCCAGAAGCAACUCCCUAGUAAGAGAGGUCAAACUACCUCGUGAAUACAUUAAGUUUUCGCCGAUAUCCAGCGCUAUCAUCCCUCAUAAGACCCCAGAGGGACGUUUAACAAAGACUGGUUAUGUGAAGCUCGCUGCAUUUUCUCAAACUGCUGCUCCUGAUAUGGAAAACGCCAUUCAUGAAUUGGAAAAUCAGGGUGUAGACUCAUACAUACUGGAUCUGCGAAAUAACCCGGGAGGAUUGGUAAAAGCAGGGCUUGAUGUUGCCCAAAUAUGGUUGGAUGGGGAUGAAACUCUAGUGAACACUGUUGACAGGGAGGGAAAUAUGCUACCCAUUAACAUGGUCAAUGGCCAUGCUCUAACCCAUGAUCCUCUCGUUGUAAUAGUGAAUGAGGGAAGUGCAAGUGCAAGUGAAAUCUUGGCAGGAGCAUUGCAUGACAAUGGCCGAGCCAUUCUUGUGGGGCACAAAACUUUUGGUAAAGGAAAAAUUCAGAGUGUGACAGAGCUGCAUGAUGGGUCAGCUCUGUUUGUGACGGUGGCAAAGUAUCUUUCACCGGCACUUCAUGACAUAGAUCAAGUGGGUAUUACACCAGAUGUACAGUGCACUACAGAAAUGCUUAAUCCUCAAAAAGAUUCAUCAUCAAUCUUGAAGACCAAGAGCUCUGUCUCAUCUCUGGAAGCAGAUUCCUGUAUUCUGGUAGCAGAGCAUGAGUUGGACAUCCAAGAGUCUGAAGGAGCAGCUUCUUGAAAUAAUAAGUACCUUUUUUACACCAUAUUCUUAACCUUGUAACCAUAAAAUUAUUUGAAGGCAUUGUAAAUUGUAAAAAAGAAUCACAAAUUCUGCUUACAACAAAUGGGUUUGUAUACUGUACACCAAUAGGAAGUCAGAAUUAGAAGAAGAUAGUAAUAUUGCAUUCAAUCUUAAUACCAAAAAUGGAAUGAUGUUUUUUA